GCUAGGGUGGUUGCGAGAGAUCAGAGCCGCCCAGCCGGGGAGAGCCGGGGCAGUAACAAUCGCGGGGAGGGCUGGUGUUUCCCCAGAGCCUCCUCCAGGGCUGGGAAGAUGCUGCAGUGCCUGACUUCGGAGAGUGAGGAAGGGGGCAAAGAAAAGGAGAAGUCUAUAGAACAUCUAGAAGAGCUACAACAAUUUGUCACCCUGGCUUUUGUGAUAGAGAACACACAAAAAAGGCUUCAGAACGGCCAGCAGCAUGGCAAGAAGAAGAGGAAGAGAAAAAGAUGAUUGGUGAUUAAUCUAUCCAACUGCCGCUACGACAGUGUGCGCAGGGCAGCCCAGCAGUAUGGCCUUCGAGAGGCAGGUGACAAUGAUGACUGGACUGUCUACUGGACGGAUUACUCAGUGUCACUGGAGCGAGUGAUGGAAAUGAAGAGUUACCAGAAAAUUAAUCAUUUCCCUGGGAUGAGUGAGAUCUGCCGUAAGGACUUGCUGGCCCGGAACAUGAGCCGUAUGCUAAAGCUGUUUCCUAAGGACUUCCAUUUUUUCCCUAGGACCUGGUGUCUUCCUGCCGACUGGGGAGAUUUACAGACUUACAGCAGGUCAAGAAAAAAUAAGACGUACAUUUGUAAGCCGGACUCGGGCUGCCAAGGGAGAGGCAUAUUUAUCACCCGGACGGUGAAAGAAAUCAAGCCGGGGGAGGAUAUGAUCUGUCAGCUUUAUAUUUCAAAGCCCUUUAUCAUCGAUGGGUUCAAGUUUGACUUGCGGGUUUAUGUGCUGGUGACCUCCUGUGACCCUCUCAGGGUUUUUGUGUACAAGGAAGGACUGGCUCGCUUUGCCACUACCUCUUACUCCCACCCCUGCACAGACAACCUGGAUGAGAUCUGCAUGCACCUGACCAACUAUUCCAUCAAUAAGCACAGUUCCAACUUCAUCCAGGAUGCUCACUCUGGCAGCAAGAGGAAACUCUCCACCUUCAACUCGUACAUGAAGGCCCAUGGCUAUGAUGUGGAGCAGUUAUGGAAGGCCAUCGAGGAUGUCAUCAUCAAGACACUCAUCUCAGCUCACCCAGUCAUCAAGCACAACUACCACACCUGCUUCCCCAGCCACACACUCAACAGUGCCUGCUUUGAAAUUCUGGGUUUUGACAUCUUGUUGGACCGAAAACUCAAACCCUGGCUGCUGGAGGUUAACCAUUCUCCAAGCUUCUCCACUGACUCCAAGUUGGAUAAAGAGGUGAAGGACAGCCUGCUCUAUGACGCGCUGGUCCUCAUCAAUCUGGGGGGCUGUGACAAAAAGAAAGUCCUGGAGGAAGAGAGGAAGCGGGGACGGUUCCUGCAGCAGUGUCCUUCUCGGGAGAUGAGGAUGGAAGAGGUCAAGGGUUUCCAGGCAGUGCGGUUACAGAAAACAGAGGAAUAUGAGAGGAAAAACUGUGGCGGGUUCCGCCUCAUCUACCCUGGUCUGAAUUUGGAGAAGUACGAGAAAUUUUUCCAGGACAAUAGCUCCCUCUUCCAGAACACUGUUGCUUCCAGAGCCCGAGAGCUGUAUGCCCGGCAACUGAUCCAGGAGCUGAGGCAGAAACAGCAAAAAAAAUUCUUUCUAAAGAAAGAAAAGAAGGUAGACCUGCAGGGCGAGUCUGUGAGUGAGCAGGCAAGAGACAAGAUCCUGAAAACCGGGCGACAGAAACAGCAGCAGAAGAGCAAGACAACCACCUAUCCCCCCAAACAAUGCUACCACCCAGUGGCUUUAGUAUCCUGCACACCUGGCUUGUUCUUGAACAUCAGAGGCAUAAGGAAUAAUGAAACCGCCGGUAGCCUCCACCAGCAGGACUCCAAGGCGGCCAGCCUCGCUCCCUGCAAGCUCAUGCCAGCGAGGCACUACAGUUCUGUCCCUGACCUAAGGAAUUCAAAUUCCAGCUGCUGUGGGCCAGAGCUCCAAAAGUGCAAUUCCAAAAUCAAGGAAGUGAAGUCGGCCUUUUCAGUGAACAUAAUCAGCAAUAAUACCCUG